GGGGUCCGGCGGGCGCCGCCAGUCUCGUAGCGGAUCUGCGGGACUGGAGCGGAGACUGGAAUUUGAUGAAGCUACUAAAGAAAAGGGAAAGACCACCCAGACACCUUGCUUUUUCUUUUCUGCCUGUGCUUUUUUCUAGAUACACUCUAACAGUAAAUUAGAAAAGCAGCUUAUUUCCACCUCACGUGUAAGGCAGUUGAGCGUGAAUGCAUAUCCAUCCACGUUGGCCAGGCUGGUGUUCAGAUUGGCAAUGCAUGUUGGGAAUUGUAUUGUCUUGAACAUGGGAUCCAGCCUGACGGUCAAGUGCCUAGUGAUAAUACUAUGGGACGUGGAGAUGAUUCAUUUAACACUUUCUUCAGUGAGACAGGAGCUGGUAAACAUGUUCCGAGAGCAGUGUUUGUAGACCUAGAACCAACCGUAGUUGAUGAAGUACGUACAGGCACGUAUAGGCAGUUAUUCCAUCCUGAGCAGCUCAUUACUGGGAAAGAAGAUGCAGCCAAUAAUUAUGCCAGAGGCCAUUAUACCAUUGGAAAAGAGAUUGUUGAUUUAGUGCUAGACCGCAUUCGCAAACUGGCUGACCUCUGCACAGGGCUGCAAGGCUUCCUUAUCUUUCAUAGUUUUGGUGGAGGCACUGGUUCAGGGUUUGCAUCACUGCUCAUGGAAAGGCUAUCUGUUGACUAUGGCAAGAAAUCUAAACUGGAGUUUGCAAUUUAUCCUGCACCACAAGUUUCCACUGCUGUAGUGGAACCCUACAACUCAAUUCUAACUACUCACACAACAUUAGAGCAUUCAGACUGUGCCUUUAUGGUAGAUAAUGAAGCCAUUUAUGAUAUAUGUCGUCGUAACCUGGACAUUGGCCGUCCUACUUACACCAAUUUAAACCGAUUAAUUGGGCAGAUUGUUUCAUCCAUCACAGCUUCACUACGUUUUGAUGGAGCCCUCAAUGUAGAUCUGACAGAAUUUCAAACUAACCUGGUUCCAUACCCACGAAUCCAUUUCCCCUUGGUAACAUAUGCCCCUAUCAUCUCCGCUGAAAAAGCAUAUCACGAGCAGUUAUCUGUGGCUGAAAUUACCCAUGCUUGCUUUGAACCAGCCAACCAGAUGGUCAAAUGUGACCCUCGCCAUGGCAAGUACAUGGCCUGCUGCAUGUUAUACAGAGGCGAUGUUGUGCCCAAAGAUGUCAAUGCAGCCAUUGCCACUAUCAAGACUAAACGUACCAUUCAGUUUGUGGAUUGGUGCCCAACUGGAUUCAAGGUGGGCAUUAACUACCAGCCUCCAACUGUGGUGCCAGGUGCUGAUCUUGCCAAGGUGCAGCGGGCUGUGUGUAUGCUGAGUAACACAACUGCUAUUGCAGAAGCAUGGGCUCGGCUCGACCACAAAUUUGAUCUCAUGUAUACUAAGCGUGCCUUUGUGCACUGGUAUGUUGGGGAGGGGAUGGAGGAAGGAGAAUUUUCUGAAGCUCGGGAAGACCUGGCUGCCCUUGAAAAGGAUUAUGAAGAAGUUGGCCUAGACUCAAUAGAAGCAGAGGCUGAAGAAGGAGACGAAUAUUGAGAAAACUAACGCCUGGAAAAAUCUGUUUACCGAAACAAAAAAAAUCGCAAAACCCUGUUUGUUUUCAAAUGUGAUUCCAAAUAAAGUUCCAAACAUUAUACUGCUGCUUUUUUUUCUUCUUCACUAUUAA